AAAUAGUUUAAUAUAAUUUGUAACAUUUUAUGACAGCUUAAUAACUUCCCAAAUGAUGUCACACAUAAAAUAUAAUGUCAUCACACAUGUAAAGGAUGCUUAAAUAAGGAUUUCUGGAUUCUCCAGUUUGCAAUUAACCUCUGAGAGCUUUCAGGCGAACCACACUAAAUCCUAUGUCUUACUGUUUAAUCCAACUGGAGUAAGUGUAUAACUGGGCAAAAAUUAUAAGAAAGAGGAAAACCUCCAUAAAUUUUCUCCCUGAUCUGUUGAAAGUGAAUGAGCAGACAUUGGCAACUAUGCCGCUGUCUCAGAGGUCUUCCUGCCCCAGAUGUGUACAGUCGGUGUGGGCAAGUGGGCAGCUGUAUGACUCGAUGCUUCUAAAUCGUCCCAAUCUCCUGGCCAAUUGAGUUUUAAAUUAUGUUAUAGUACCUGCCUCAACUAUCUCGUCGGGCAGCUCAUUCCAUAGAUCUACCACCCUGUGCUCGGGUUCGGAUUACAUUUUGCCCUUCUCACCUUAAACAUAUGUCCUCUGUUUUUUUGUGUACCCUGCUAUUCUCUCCGGGAAGCCAAGCUGCGUUUACAUUGUAACUGCUACCCACUCCUCCCUCGGCCACAUUUAACCGUUCAACCAACAUCACUUGGGGGGGUGGAAAGUAGACCAUCUGGUCGUUACAAUAUUACUGAAUGUGGGAGUUCGUGUGCCUCCGUUGCCCGAACUUUCCCGACAUCUGCACGGUGGCUACAAUUGGAAAGUACUUCAACCGCGCUGCACCGAUUGCUUCUUCACGGCGGAGCAGCAAUAAUGAAUGAACUGUUUACCAGAGGCAGGAGGCAAGGUCCACUCUGAAAUGUGGAUAUGGUGUAUACAUUUAAACCUGCAUUGAACUGCACGGGAUACGUUCAAACCUGCACCGAGGUAUACAGCAUACAUUCAACCCUGCACCGACUGACACAGGAGAGAGAGCACGUACACUCAGAUCAAGACAAACCCACUCACAUAUCGAUGCCCAGCAGAAGGUAGGGGGGACACAUGUUGGACUCAAUAUAAAUCACGUGAAGAAAACUCACAUUAAAUGAUUUCCCGAUGAUCCGGCUGCAUUAUGCGAGUGCCGGGAGCAUGACAAGGGUCAGUCUUAAAGCGAUCAUUGGCUCCAGGGUGAGAAUGGUCCCAUGCUGCUCAAUAAAGCCUGCGAUCAUCUCUGGUCAAUAGGACUGGGAGAUAGAUAGAUAGCGCAUGUCUCAUCUCCCCUGCCAGCGUUAGAUGCUCCCACUAUUACCACCACCAAUACUACUACUACCACCACCACCACCACCAUCUUGCUAGUGCACCGAUCCCAACGCCACCACAUUCAGCUGGACAUAUUCGCUCUGACUGUGAAGACUGCGGAAAAAAAAUAAUGCCCAGGUUGGAUCGUUAGAAGGGGAGAGAGAGCGCCGUGUUCCUUCUCCUUGCGUCCUCCAUGCUCUCCAACACAUCUAACAGGAGAAGAUGAGGCGGAUCGACAGGCAAAUUGUCCUGCUAUGCUCCGGCUUCUUGGGGCUCGCCCUCGGAGCCUUUCCGACCAGUGUGCAAAUAGGAGGGCUGUUCAUGAGAUAUUCUGAUCAGGAAUACAGUGCUUUUCGGUUUGCAAUUUAUCUCCACAACACUAACCCCAACACGACUGAAGCGCCUUUCAAUUUGGUUCCGCACGUGGACAACAUUGAAACAGCCAACAGUUUCGCGGUAACGAAUGCCUUCUGUUCGCAGUACUCGAGGGGAGUGUUUGCCAUCUUCGGCAUGUACGACAAGAGAUCUGUGCACACACUGACAUCUUUCUGUGGGGCACUGCACAUUUCCUUGAUCACGCCAAGUUUCCCGACAGAGGGAGAGAGCCAGUUCGUGCUCCAGCUGCGGCCAUCUUUGAGAGGGGCAUUACUCAGCCUGCUCGACCACUACGAGUGGACUAAAUUUGUCUUCUUGUACGACACGGAUCGAGGUUAUUCCAUACUGCAGUCGAUCAUGGAGAAAGCUGGGCAGAAUGGCUGGCAAGUCAGUGCCAUCUGCAUUGAGAAUUUCAAUGACGCCAGCUACCGCCGACUAUUAGAAGAUCUGGAACGGAAACAGGAGAAGAGAUUUGUGGUAGAUUGCGAAGUAGAGAGACUCUACAACAUCAUGGAGCAGAUUGUAAGUGUCGGUAAACACGUCCGAGGCUACCAUUAUGUCCUGGCCAACUUGGGAUUCAAGGAUAUACCACUGGAUAGAUUUAUGCAUGGUGGGGCUAACGUGACCGGAUUCCAAAUCGUGGAUUACAGCAGACCUGUUGUUACUAAAUUCAUGCAUCGCUGGAAGAAACUGGAUCAGAGAGAGUUUCCUGGAACAGACAACGCUCAAUUGAAGUAUACAUCAGCAUUAACGUACGAUGGGAUACUGGUAAUGGCUGAAGCAUUCCGCUACCUCCGAAGACAACGAAUUGGGAUCUCGAGGAAAGGAAAUGCCGGAGACUGCCUUGCAAAUCCUGCUGCUCCUUGGGUUCAAGGCAUUGACACGGAAAGGGCAUUGAAGCAGGUACGGAUCCAAGGUUUAACAGGGAAUGUUCAGUUUGACAACUACGGACGGCGAACAAACUUCACAAUAGAUGUAUUUGAGCUGAAAAGUGCUGGCCACAGAAGGAUUGGCUACUGGAAUGAUGCAGACAAAUUAGUUCUAAUUCAGAAUGAGAUGAUGUUUCCGAAUGAUACUUCUGGCUUGGAAAAUCGCACUGUUUACGUCACUACUAUACUGGAGGGUCCAUAUGUUAUGCUGAAGAAAAACCACGACACUCUGGAAGGAAAUGACAAGUACGAGGGAUACUGUGUGGAUUUAGCUUCGGAAAUUGCAAAACACAUUGGGAUAAAGUAUGAACUCAAGAUCGUUCCUGAUGGGAAAUACGGAGCAAGGGAUCCAGAUACAAAAAUCUGGAAUGGAAUGGUGGGAGAACUUGUUUAUGGGAGAGCACAGAUCGGUGUGGCACCACUGACCAUCACGUUAGUACGCGAGGAGGUGAUUGACUUCUCCAAGCCCUUUAUGAGCCUGGGCAUUUCCAUCAUGAUCAAGAAGCCCCAGAAGUCCAAGCCCGGCGUCUUCUCCUUCCUUGACCCGCUGGCGUACGAGAUUUGGAUGUGCAUCGUCUUCGCCUACAUCGGAGUCAGCGUGGUCCUCUUCCUGGUCAGCAGGUUCAGCCCGUACGAGUGGCACACGGAAGAACCGGAAGAUGGACAAGAUGAAGCGUCGAGUGACCAACCUCCCAAUGAGUUUGGCAUUUUUAACAGUCUUUGGUUUUCACUGGGUGCCUUUAUGCAGCAAGGAUGCGAUAUUUCGCCAAGGUCACUGUCUGGACGCAUUGUCGGAGGUGUGUGGUGGUUCUUCACUCUGAUUAUUAUUUCCUCCUACACCGCCAACCUUGCUGCUUUCUUAACCGUAGAGCGUAUGGUGUCACCUAUAGAAAGUGCUGAAGAUCUUUCGAAGCAAACUGAGAUUGCUUAUGGAACCCUGGACUCCGGCUCAACAAAAGAGUUUUUCAGAAGGUCAAAAAUAGCGAUAUAUGAGAAAAUGUGGGCCUACAUGAAAUCAGCAGAACCUUCCGUUUUCACCAAGAUCACCGCUGAGGGCGUUGCUCGAGUCCGCAAAUCCAAGGGCAAGUUCGCUUUCCUGCUGGAGUCCACCAUGAAUGAAUACAUUGAGCAGAGGAAGCCAUGUGACACCAUGAAAGUAGGAGGCAACCUGGAUUCCAAAGGAUACGGAGUGGCUACGCCCAAGAACUCCCCAUUAAGAAAUGCUGUUAACCUCGCAGUUUUAAAACUGAAUGAACAAGGCCUCUUGGACAAAUUGAAAAACAAAUGGUGGUACGACAAAGGAGAGUGUGGCAGCGGGGGAGGUGACUCCAAGGACAAGACGAGCGCUUUGAGCCUUAGCAACGUAGCUGGAGUCUUCUAUAUUCUAGUUGGAGGCCUUGGUUUGGCAAUGCUGGUGGCUUUGGUAGAAUUCUGUUACAAGUCCAGGGCAGAAGCGAAGAGAAUGAAGGUGGCAAAGAGUACACAGAAUUUUAAUCCAACUUCCUCGCAGAAUACCCAGAAUUUAGCAACAUAUAGAGAAGGUUACAACCUGACUUUUUCAGAAGCGAUGAGAAACAAAGCCCGAUUAUCCAUAACUGGAAGCGUCGGAGAAAAUGGCCGUGUAUUGACUCCAGACUGCUCAAAGGCUGUGCACACUGUUCCUACCAUUAGACAGAACCCAGGAUUGGCUAUAGUAGCAUCAGAUCUACCAUAAAAACCAAAUACUAUUUGAGUGCCUUAAAAAAAAUUAUAGACAACAGUCUCUGUGACUGACGCGAAAGCAGCACAGAUUGUGACAACAUUGCAAGGAUCCUCACUUAAAGUGAAGGCAAAAAUGCAGGGUGGGAGAGAACUUGCUUGAAACAGAUUACUAUCAGGAAAAAGUGUGCAUGAGCUAUGGUUAAAACAGCCCAACUCUGAUCUGACAUCAGGAAAAAAUCCAUCAAGGUUGCAGAACAAGGAAACUAAAAGCAUGUGAAGAAAUACAUGCCAAUAAGGAAACAAAAUCAUUACCAGUAGAAAUCCAGAUGUGAAGGACCCAUUGCUAGAAGAAAUCACACUUGGCUUUUUGUCUUUAGACACAUUAUGAAAAUAGCAAUUAAUGAACAUAUUAGCCUGUGUCUAAAUUUCAGAAUAUCCAUAGAGUAAAGGGGAGUGAACCACUUAUCCUGGAAAACAAACCUUGGAACCAUGGAGGAAAAUAAUAAAUAUGUAAAAUUUGUGAAAAUUUUACUGCAAAUGUUAUUUUUUUUUCUUUAAAAAAAGGAAAGUUUUUUUUUGAAAGGAACAAAACAAAAUGCUUGCUUUUUAAUGAAAGUAUGUUAAUGAGAAAAAAAAUUAGUAGUGGAAAUAAAAAUCUUUUUUUAACCAUGUAGGGAAGAUUCUGUUGCAAUAUAGAGAAAUAAUGCCACAUCUUAUUAACGUAUAAAAAUAAUUUUGUAAUGAAAAAAACACAUUGUCUUCUUGUUUGAUGUUUCCAUUUUAUUCAUUACAAUUAUUGCAUAAUUCAAACUGCCAUAUGUCUAACUUGAAAGGGAAUGUUAGUUUACACCUCAGUCUACAAUGUAUAGUCAAAACAAAAUAUUGUACUGUGUAAUAAAUUGUGUUUUUGUACCCACUAAAAUGAAUAAAACUGAAUAAUUCUUAUAUUUAUUUGAAUAUCAGAAUGUUAGUAAAAUCCAC